AUGGCUCCCAACUUCAAAAAAGUCAUGGCGUUCGGCAAGCACCGAUCGUUCCAGGCUCCCAUGCCUCUUAAUACAGAGGAGCCUGAACAUGAUCUGGAAUCUGGCAACUUCUUAAGUGAAACCCAGAGAACGGACGCUCCAAUUGCAGACCCAAAGCCUCCCGGUGGCGACAACCCAUACCUAGACGAAUACCGAGCGCUCACACGGUAUAUCGACACCUACCGGGAUGCCAAUGCGGAAACGGAGGGGGAGGAGGAGUUUGUAGAGCAGAAGAAAGGCCCGUGGUGGAAGUUCGGAGCUGGCAAGGCUGUGAAAGCGAGCCUGAGCGACUUCGUAACUCCCACGGAUUGGCUCAACACAGACAUCAGAGAUGGUCUGGAUGCCAUGGAGGUGGAAAGAAGACGUAAGAGAUCAGGAUGGAAUGAACUGUCGGCCGAGAAGGAGAACAUGUUCCUAAAGUUCGUUGGCUUCUUCCAAGGCCCCAUCCUCUACGUCAUGGAGGCCGCUGCUAUUCUUGCUUUUGGCCUUCGCGAUUGGGUAGAUGCCGGCGUCAUCUGCGCAAUUCUGCUUCUCAACGCCAUUGUCGGUUGGUACCAGGAAAAGCAAGCUGCAGACGUCGUGGCUAGCUUGAAAGGUGAUAUCUCCAUGAAAGCUCGUGUUAUCCGCAACGGCUCGGAACAGGAGAUCAAAGCCCGAGAGCUCGUACCCGGCGACAUUAUCAUCAUCGAAGAAGGCCAUGUGGUCGCUGCUGAUGCUCGACUGAUCUGCGAGUAUGAGACAGGCCUCGAAGGCUUCAACCAGUAUCGUGCUGAACUUCUGGCUCAAGAUGUCACGUCUCCAAGGAACGAGAAGUUCGAGGAAGACGGUGAAGACGGAGUUCCACACAUCGGACAUGCCAUUGUCGCUAUUGAUCAAUCUGCUAUCACGGGAGAGUCUCUGGCUGUCGACAAGUAUAUGACCGAUACCGUUUAUUACACUACUGGCUGCAAGCGCGGUAAGGCAUAUGCUAUCGUCACCCAUGGUGCCCAGGCUUCGUUCGUGGGCAAGACUGCUUCGCUUGUUCAAGGUGCUAAGGACCAGGGCCACUUCAAGGCUAUCAUGAACUCUAUUGGCACUUCUCUUUUAGUCCUCGUCGUCCUCUUCAUGCUCGCAGCUUGGAUUGGUGGGUUCUACCGACAUCUCAAAAUUGCUACCCCUGAGGACAGUUCUGUGAAUCUGCUUCACUACGCUCUCAUCCUCCUCAUCAUCGGCGUUCCCGUCGGUUUACCCGUGGUUACUACCACAACGCUGGCCGUCGGUGCUGCUUACCUCGCAAAGGAGAAGGCUAUUGUCCAGAAGUUGACCGCUAUCGAGUCGCUUGCUGGCGUCGACAUUCUGUGCUCUGAUAAGACAGGUACCCUUACUGCCAACCAGCUCUCCGUCCGCGAGCCUUUUGUCAUGGAGGGAGUUGACAUCAACUGGAUGAUGGCUGUCGCUGCCCUUGCAUCCAGCCACAACAUCAAGGCUUUGGAUCCUAUCGAUAAAAUCACUAUCCUUACGCUCAAGCGCUAUCCUAAGGCAAAGGAGAUGAUUGCUGAAGGUUGGAAGACUGAGAAGUUCAUACCGUUUGACCCAGUUUCCAAGAGAAUCACCUCUGUCUGCACCUUCCAAGGCGUCCGCUAUGAGUGCUGCAAGGGUGCUCCUAAGGCAGUUCUCGCAAUCAGCAAUUGCACAGAGGAACAAGCUGCGCUCUUCAAGGAGAAGGCUACUGAGUUCGCUCGUCGUGGAUUCCGCUCUCUGGCUGUGGCUGUUCGUGAGGACAAUGGCCCAUGGCAACUGCUUGGCAUGCUCUCCCUGUUCGAUCCUCCUCGUUCUGAUACUGCUCAGACCAUCGCUGAGGCUCAAGCUCUUGGCCUUCAGGUUAAGAUGCUUACCGGUGAUGCCAUUGCUAUUGCCAAGGAGACCUGCCGUAUGCUUGCGCUUGGUACAAAGGUGUACAACUCUGAUAAGCUCCUACAUAGCGAUAUGGCUGGUAGUGCUAUCCACGAUCUCUGCGAGCGUGCCGAUGGUUUCGCGGAAGUGUUCCCGGAACAUAAGUACCAAGUCGUUGAGAUGCUCCAGCAACGCGGCCAUCUCACUGCUAUGACUGGAGACGGAGUGAACGACGCACCUAGUUUGAAGAAGUCUGACUGUGGUAUUGCUGUUGAAGGUGCUACUGAGGCUGCUCAGGCUGCUGCCGAUAUCGUGUUCCUCGCCCCGGGUCUCAGCACCAUUGUCUCUGCUAUCAAGAUCUCUCGUCAAAUUUUCCAACGUAUGAAGGCGUACAUUCAGUACCGUAUCGCUCUCUGCUUGCAUCUCGAGCUUUACCUCGUUACCUCAAUGAUCAUCAUCAACGAGACUAUCCGAGUCGACCUCAUUGUUUUCCUUGCUCUAUUCGCCGAUCUCGCAACCAUCGCUGUUGCCUACGAUAACGCUCAUUACGAACGCCGUCCCGUGGAAUGGCAACUUCCCAAGAUCUGGAUCAUUUCCAUCGUACUCGGCUUCCUCCUCGCCAUCGGCACCUGGGUUCUGCGUGGUACUUUGUGGCUGCCCAACGGUGGCAUCAUUCAGAACUAUGGCAGCAUCCAGGGAAUGCUCUUCCUCCAAGUCUCCCUCACUGAGAACUGGCUCAUCUUUGUCACCCGUGGCUUUAAUACCUUCCCCUCAUGGCAGCUCAUCGGCGCCAUCUUCGGUGUUGAUGCUCUCGCGACGCUGUUCUGUGUCUUUGGCUGGUUCACUGGCGGUGCUGGUGAACCCUCCAGCCCGGCCUCGAUUGCGGACAAGCUCUCCAAGAACGGAAGGACUGAUAUCGUCACUAUCGUCGUCAUCUGGUGUUAUAGCAUUGCGGUGUGCAUUGUCAUUGCUAUCGUGUAUCACAUCAUGACGAACAUGCAGUCUCUCAACGAUCUCGGCCGCAAGAAGCGCUCUGCUCAAGACACCAUCAUGGAGAACAUUAUGACCCACUUGAGCAAGGUUGCCAUUGAGCACGAGCACGAUGACAAGGGUGCCAACAGAUACUACCUGGCGACGAAGCAGGUAGUUGAGGAAGAGGAUUAG